UUAAGUACUAGCAGGCUGACACACUAUUAUUCUUCUAUGUUUCUGUCUUGAUGCCUGCAUAUGAGAAAUCAAUCAUUUGCUAAAAACUAACGAGUUUUCUCAGUGGUGACAUAGUGCCGGGACUAUAUUGCACGCGCGCAAUGUUUUUACUCCUCUGCCGGCGUGCGUGCGCUUGGCCGCGGAGGGACGCGGACACGGCACUUCUUUUCACGCUGAGGAGUGCAGCUCUGUAGAGCUCUACCACCGAAUCGACGAGACUGAGGCCUUCUGCAACUCUGAACACAGAUUGUGGGGGUCACCAUGGAUAGCAAACUGUUGAAUGAUUUGUUUGCUUCCUUGACGGAAUACACCCCGAGCGAGUCCGAGAUUGCCACUGCGAAGCGGGUCCGGCAGCUGUUUCCGGCGGCGGCGAGCUGCCAACUGAUCUUGCAGGAUGGGACUGACACGUGGAAGGGGGAGUUCCCCCUUUAUUCGGACGCCCGCUCAGCGUCCCUCUUGAGAGACACGUUGCUGCUGGCGAGGGUAGACGGCACUCUGAAAAAGGAGGAGCCCAUGGUUGCCGUUGCUGAUGGGUCGCAGGGACGCGCCGCUCCCAGCAAUGCUGAGAGUGGCAGGCUCAAGGUUUCGCUGCGAACUGAUGGCGAGGCAGCAGCGCUAGCCCAGCUGCGUGCCGUGCAGGGAAGUCUGUCUAAGCUGACGACCGAGUGCGCCACUGCGGAGGCGCUCAAAGUCAUCUGCUCCAUGCCGCGUCUGCAGGACCUCACUCUGGACAUGCACGAUGACGUGGAGGACGGGGCGCCAUCCGUGCCGCCGUUGACCCACUCGGGGGGCCUUGUUCGUCUGAAGACGCUCAACGUCGCGCGCGUCACGCUGAAGACCUUGCUCCUGGCCAACAAGCACUCCAUCACGGACCUGCACCUGUGCGUCGGGACGCCUGGCGGCGGCCUGGGGUGGCGGGAGGCAGUUGACGACCUCCACUCGAUGCUCUCGGCCUGCGGGCUGUCCCAGCUCCGGCUCCUGGCCCUGUACCGCCACUUCCUACAGCACACUGACGAUGGCUGCAAGCGACAGCUGCGGGCCUUGCGCAGGGCGCUGCCUCGCGUCGCUCUGGUCUGCAUGGACUGCCAUCUCAACAAAUGAUGCCCAACAUUUUGAACGUGCGUGGAUGUUUUUGAGUAUUUGAAUUCUACGAGAUUUUCCUGGACGAGCCUGUACAGGGCCUGUUUUUAAUUUGUUCACGAUGCGCCUUAUGUUUCAAUUUUUGGUUUAGCAUUCCACGUCUUUGCCGAUCUGUGUUCCCGUUUUAUUUGACAAAACUUACGUCACAUUUUAUUCUUAAUAGUAUAGAAUAGUAUAGAAUCCUUGAAAA